AUGGAUCAGUCGCCAAUGUUCGGACAAUUUGGAUUCGUCAAUCAAAAUGCGUUUGAGUUCCCGAUAGAUUCAGCGAAAAAUCCAAGUUCUUCCUUAAAUCAAUUUAUAAAAAACCAAAAUAUGAAUAAUAUACCAAACGAAAUACCAAAAUACUAUUCAGAUCUAAAGAUGUGGGUCAAUUCCCUUAGUAAUAUAUCGAAACCAGAAGUUUUUUCCUUACUUUAUGCGUUUUUCUAUAAUUCUAUAGUAGUCAUGAUGCUUUCUCAAACGAAAAGGUCAAUAAUCAAGAGUUUUAUUAAUGAUUAUUCUACAGAUUUCGUGAAAGAUUUUGCAGAAGAAAUUUCAUCACUCACAAAAUUAGUAAAUACUAAAUCAACAGCAGUAAAUUACAGGAAAUUCAAUGUUCUGAUGACAAAGCAGUCAUUAUUAAUCCUUAUUUCUUAUUUGGCUGAUAAUAAUCAAACAUUGUUGCUUUUCCUUCUGAAUCAAUAUGUAAAUGUUAAGAUUAUAUCACAAGAAGCUCAAAUGUUACGCUUAUCAAACGGAGAACCCGUUUUUGUCUCUAAUAUUGACUCAAAUUCGAGUUCUGACCUAAUUGUCAAUCUUCUUGCAGACAAUCCGAUUGAUUUGUCCAAAGAGUUCCUUGAUUCAGUUAAUUCCAAAUACGAAUCUUUCUCAAUUUUGGAUUCAUCCAAAAAAAGAACAUUUCCUAUUGAAAAAGUACCAAAUGUUGACAUGGAACAGAUCAUGUACACAUCACUGAACAUAAUAAACAUGGACAGACUGUCUAAAAACAAUUUGCCGACUUGCGGAUACUUUAAUUUCCCAAAAGAGCAUGUUUAUUACGAUAUCAAUGAUUGUGGAUCAUUGUUAUCUGUUUGCACAGGUUCUGCAAUAACAAAACUCUAUUCUUUGGAUGUUUCUGUUGAUUUAGACAAUAUUGUUCCAAUUUCUAAUCCAAAGAACGAAAAAGAGUCAUCAGACUUUGAACUGAUCAACCAUUUCAUGGUCCCUCGCAGUUCUUUUACUUACAAAGACCAUUUUUCCGGACAAAUGAAAAAUUCUUAUUUCACAAGGUCGUUGAUCGGCCAAAAGUCGAUGUUUUGUACAUUUUCGCAUGAUUCAUCACUGCUUCUCACAGGAGGGGCCUUUGAAACAAGGAUUUGGUCGGCAAUAAACUCGAAUUCCAUAAUUUCAGUUCAAACACCAUCAAUUAACUGGUGCGGUGACUGGAACCCAUACGGGGAAUACUAUUUACUUGGUUCUUCAGACGGAACAGCUUCAAUUUACAGUUUUAAUUCUCCAAAAACUGUUAGAAGCUUCGUUGGCCACACAAAAGAUGUCAUUGAUGUUAAGUAUCAUCCGAACGCUAACAUUGUCGCUUCUGCUUCGUUGGAUGGAACAAUUCGCUUGUUUGAUGUUUCUGAAGGCCAGCAAAUCAGAGCUUAUUCGUUACAAACGACUCCAACGUGUAUCUCCUUCCAUCCGAGCGGAAGAUAUCUCGUUUGCGGAGACGAGAAAGGCGGAAUCAACGUUUGGGACCUUUCAAACGACAAAAAACUGCUUGAAAUAAAGGACAGCCAUAAGGACACAACCGUUUCUGACCUUUGUAUAUCGAAAGACGGCCAAGUUUUGGCAUCUGUCGGAGAAGACAUCGCUAUAUGGGAUUUCCAGGCUAUUUCAUCCAGAUUGGAAGUGUCUGAGAAGCCAAUGAAGAGAACAGCUGCAAAAGAGUCUCGUCCUCGGAGAAUCAAAUUCACUGAUACAAAUUUACUUCUUUGCAUCGGCGAAACAUUAUCAUUAUAA